UCAAUCGUUCAAACCCAAAUGAGCAAUGGAAGAAAACCCAACCGCUGUAUUAACCAUCUCCAGCCUCAUCAAGUCCGGCCGCCCCUUCACCGCCGCCUCAUCUCUUGUUCCUAGCCGCCCCAUCGACCUUCGCAGCCGAAACCCCUGCUCUCGGGAACCCAUCCACCAAAACCCUAACUUACAAACCCUUAAACCCUUGAAACACUCCGCACUCCUUAUCGGAACUGUCAACCUACCCUCUUCGCCCAAUCUGCUUCAAAAUUGCAAUUGCUUUCAGUUUUCCGACGACGAUUCCACCGCCAUCUGCUGUGAAAUUUUGAAUUUCGACCCCAAAAUGAUUGGUCAAAAGAUCCGAAUUUUCGCUUGGAAUUUCAUUCCCUUCGUGCGUGGGAGAGGUGGUUUUCUAGAGAUAAUACAGUGGGGUUUCUUCCAACCUUGCGGUGGGAGUCGGUGCAGUUUGUCGGAUUUUAGUUGUUUUUGCUUGAGUUUAGGUGACUGUGAUCUCGGAGAUAGAUUCACGGCCCGCAGGUUGAUUUUCGGUUUGAUAACGUCGAUAAGCCCUGUAGCCAGUGUGCCCUGGGCGGGCAGGGGAGGCGAUUUGGGGGGCGUUGAUGGAUUUCUUGUACAUAUUCUUGUCUGCCAAUGCAAAUAUUGUGCUUCAAAACACCUGGUUUCAGAAUUGAGUGGUUUGUGUAGGAGAAAUGUCGAAGAUCAUCGUUUUGCUCAGAGCACAAUAGUGUACUUCUGUGGAGUGACGUCUUCGUGGCAUCCUGCGAUCUCGCGAUUAAUUGGUGAUGUAGUUUUAGUUAUGGGGUUCAAAAAGAAGUUGGUUUAUUUGAGGAAGGAGGAGUCUCAGCUGAUGUAUCUGGCGACGGAUAGUGUAUCAUUGCACGUUGCUAAGUUCCCGAAGGAACUAAGCGGAACUCGAAAUGCUGAUAUAAGAGGGAAAGGGGAGUGUGGUAGCUACACUGGAGUCAUUACUGGCAUUUACAUGGAUGGGCUGAUUAUUGAGUUGGAUCAAGAUGUGAUACUAUUGUUAACUGACAAGUACCUUGCUUUUCCACACUAUGUCAGAGUUGGGGUGCUUGUUACUCUGAUGAAUGUUCAUUUUGUGGACCCACAUUUUCCUUGGGGAAAAAUGAUGAUACUUGGUGCUUGCACUAGGACUACCAUACACGUGGAGUCAUUCUCUCCACUGGAGUCAUGCACAAUUUAUUGCAGGUCUCAUUUGAAACAACAAUCUCCAAGUCUUCUUCAAAAGUUCAUUAAUUCUUUGCCAUAUGCUGCCAGAUUGUGGGCAUUGCUUGUUGUCUCGUGUUUCCAGAAAAUGUUUGCUGGGACUUUGUCUGUGAAGGAUAUCUUAGGAUCACAACAUGAGGAAGGUUUGGCUCAAAAGUAUGCUAGUUCACAUUUUCCGUCAUCAGCUUUUCAGGCUCGGCAUGGAGUCUUGCUGGAGUUCUGUAGGCAUGACUUAUGUUCUGGUGGCAAGGAAGUAGAUUGUUGUCAUUUGAGACUGGUGCUUCCUGUUGCUAAUUUAGUUAGUUAUUGUGAGGCUGCGUGGAAAAAAGUCUUGAAUUCGGAGGAGAACUGUCUUGAUUUUAUGGGUGGGAUCAAUCAGAAAGGCCUUCUACGUUGCGGUGGGAGAUCUUAUGAGCAAUCAAUCAGAAGAGUAUUGCGCUCGGAAGAAAUUGGGGUUGUUGUACUGGGAACUUUAAAGAUUUCAUCUUCUUCUGGAAGACUUCAGCUUGUUGAUGCAACUGGCAGUGUUGAUAUCAUGCUUAACCUUCCAGAAACAUGGGACUUUAAGAGGAUUUUUGAGACGAAGGACUUCAGGCUCAUAAUGGAAAGCACAUGCCCUGAACUCGUAGACUUAAAUCCAACCAUAUAUCAGCCUAUAUCUUGCCGAAGUAUCUUCAGUAAUGCUUUACCAUCAAGAAAAUUGAACAUACCAAUUUAUCUUUACCAUUGUCCAAGUGAUGAGGAUUCUAGAAGUCGUUCUUUGUUCUUUGAUUGGAAAAGGAAUUUUCAGGAUCUUAAUAGUGGGAAAUAUCAUCUGCUUUGGUUAAUACAUAAGUUUCCCAUUCAACAAAAGUUUCUAGGAGACAUAGCAAAGAGGCCCAACAUGUUUGCGGAGGCCAUAGUCUUACCUUGGGAUUUGCUUGUUGCUGGGAAAUACAGUGAUCCAACGACGACUAGAAGUUUUUCAGGCCAUUGGCAGGAUUCUUUCAAAAACAUUGCCCCAGCUAAGGAGCACCCUAAUCUUAAGAGAUGUAAAAGUGAGCAUACUUCAUUUCAGGUUUACAGUUGCUGUAUGGAUAGCACUGGAAGUGGUUUAGAAAGCAGAUGUUGUUCAAAUAAUGGGAUAGAACUGUCAUGUCAAAAUACUGAUGAAGGAGGAAACAAUCAUUGGAUGGGAAUGCUGCAUUGUGCCGGUGAUCGUGGUGAGGUUGUUUCUAGCUGCAAACCACCAGUGAGGAAGGUUUUAUUGGAACUCGGCUCUGAUUACUUUUCCAAGUACGAACUACUCAAAAUUGGUUGCUGUUAUCUUGUUAAACACGAGGAGGGAGAUAUGUUAUGCUGUAAAGAAGAAACAUAUCAAGUCAGUCGUGCUAAAGUGUUCAUUGGUUCUGGAACCUUUUUUCGGAGUCUUACAUUGUCAUCUAUCCAGGGUCUGCGAAGUGCUGAUCUACCUGAUAGACUUCCAUAUUGCAAUUUACGUGUUAGUGAUGAUGAGCUAACCAAAGGUUUCUGUAAAUUUGAAAUUCCAUGUCUGAUUGGCAAUAGCACGGGCUGUGAGAGUUAUUCAGACAUUGACAUAUUUGUUCCCUCCAGUGCUGUAAAUUUAUUGGAGAAUUUUAUGAAGAUGAUGGAUUGUAUUUCUAACGAGCCUAGGCGUUCUUUUGAGGGGGAAUCUAGCAUCAAUGAUCAUAAUGGGUCAAUGAUAAAUUCAUCCAUGCAGUCUUUGGGAACUUCAUGUUCUGACUACCCUUUACCUCGAGGGAACCUAAUAACUUUGCGUGGCCUUGUAGUGGCUUUUCAUGAUUGCCAUGGUGUUGAUUUUCUUGCACAACCUGGGAGGUGUCCUGGUCAAGGUUCAAAACUAAUGUUUCUUCGAGAAAAAACUGGCGUCUGUGUCCAUGUUUUGUUGGACAAUCAUACUGCUAGUAUCUUCUGUGAUAGAAGCAAAGAUAAUUGUCCUAUUGGGUUAGGAAGAGAUGUUUAUGCAACCUUUUACCGAGUCCUUGUACUUAGUGAGCUGGACAAGUAUAUGAUGACAGCUGUAUCUUUCAUCACUGUCGACCAUGCAAGCUUGAUGAGAGAGCACCACAAUCAUGACUUUAGUGAUACAUCCAGAACAGUAGACUCACAUGUUGUUGCAUCUCAUGAUACUGUUUCUAUAGUAUUGAUAUCCGAUGCACUGCAUUUAUCAGAGCUUAGGCCAAUGCGAUUCCGUUGCAAGGUUGUUACUAUGUAUAUCCUUGUGCUAGAAAAAGCUGGAAGUACUGGGAUUUUUCUGCCCUGUGUUCAGCCCAUACGCUCUGGUUUUGGAAUUCCAUUAACUGGUUUUAUCAUAGAUGACGGUUCAUCCUCCUGUUGUUGUUGGACGGACUCUGAGAUUGCUGCAACCGUUCUCGGUUUAGAUUUGGAGGAGUAUUCACUCAAAGAUACUUUAAUGGGAUAUAAGGCUGGUAAAGGGAAGCGACACAUCUCCACUGUUAGCCGCCUUAACCAAGCAUUAGAGCGACAUGGCAGAAUUUCGGUGAAAAAUUGUAGCUCCCUGUUCGAUUCCUCAUGCCAGGAUUUUGUUGUUGAGUCAAAGAGAUCACUUAGCAGUUCUGAUGAGGAUAUCCUUCAAAGCUUAAUUACCAAAGCUCUUCUCACCACGUCUUGGAGAGUCGAUGCAAGCUUUAUGGAUCCGGAAAAAACAGCCUGGUUGGAGGAAUGCCUUUCCAAGCUAAAUGUCGAUGUUCCUCCAUUGCUAAAUAUCUGGGCGACGCGUGUUUGUCGAACAGACACGCUCGCAGAAGCUAGGAGCAUAAUUCAAGAACUUAUAUAGUUGUACGUUGCUUCUAAUAUCUCACCUCUGUUCUACAUUGAUGAUUUUGGUAAUGCUUUGUAGUAUGUAUGUAUGUAGUUACGCACAUUCAUGUAUAGAUCUGAACUUGAAUAAUUAUUUCACAAAAUUUAUUUGAUGGAUAAAUGAAAUACUCAAUUUUCUCUCUUUA